GGUUGCAAUUGUAAAGACUUUCCAAGAAAAAAAUAAAUAAAAACAAAUUAAAUAAUCCUUUCAAAAAUGUUGAGAAAACUAGUGACAAUUUUUGUGAUCCUCAGUGUGCAUUACAAAUUCAUAUCGGCCAUACAUUCAACAUCACAACUACCUCAGAAUGCAAAUCGAAAAUUUUCGGCGCGUCAAAUGGGCCAAUUAAUUGCCCAGUGCUUCGGUCAAAAUGAAAUUGUUAAUUGUCUGGAAAAUAAAUUAUUACAAACACUCGAUAUGGCCAUAAAGAAUAAUGACACCUGGCAGUUUAGUGAAUAUUUUACGUUGGAGAAAAACGCCCAAUCGACGGACAAGGAUUAUGACAAAUUUCAAAAUUUCUCAAGACAACAGCGUUCGCUGGGCGACACAAUGGCAGUUAAAUUAUUACAACUGGCUCGAUCGCGUUCUUUGAAAUUGCAAUUACCGAGCAGUGUGACAUCUCUGCUAGAUAAAGCUGGUAUUUCCGGUGGCCUGGAUGAUUUUAUUAAUUCGUCGGACACAUCACCGUCAUCGACGACGUCACUACAGGAAGAAGGUCGCAAAAAGAAGGACAAAGAUAAAAACAUGGCUAUGAUGGGUGGCAUGGCGAUGAUUGCAAUGGUGGCCCAAAUGUUUCUGGGCAAAGUGAUUCUAAUAGCUGGAGCGGCAUUUGUAAUGGCGAAAAUAGCAUUGCUUGUCUCAGUAUUGGUCAAUAAUCAUUGGGAUUAGAGAAUAGAGAAUGAAAAUCCGUAACUAAGUCAAUUCUGGUCUGGUCAACUAGGCGUUUAUUUCAUACAUUGUCUGAAAUACAGUUU